AUGAUUAACAUUGAGAAUAUUGUGAAUGCGGAUGAUGUGCAGGUGAUGCUGGACAGGGGCACCACAGCCUUCAUAAUACCCAAUCCCAACAAAGAAGCAAAAAUUUUGGAUGCAUUGACUAAAGCGAAGACAAAAGGCUUAAAGUUUUACAAAAAGGAUGAAAUCCCUGUUAAAUAUCACAUCAAAAACAAUCGAAGAGUUUCGCCAAUACUUCUGAUCGCAGAGAAGGGAUAUUUUGUGAGAGGAGUAGGAAUCUAA